AUGUCGUCGCUACUCCCAACAUCGACCCCAACAGAAGCUAGGGCAAAAAGAACACACGCUCGACGUUCUUGUGAUGUGUGUAAAGUUCGUAAGACUCGAUGUGAAUUGCCCGACCUAGACAUACCAUCAGGUCCACAUCCUCUACCCGUCGAUAAAGCAUGUCAUCGAUGUAGGGUACUAGCGUUACCGUGCAUCGUGGAUGACAGCGCCAAGAAACAGCGGAAGAGGACAAGGGAUGAUCGCACCAACAAUCCACAUACUCUGGCAGGUGCAACCGUAUCUGCCAACACAUCAGUAUCCAACGGAACACCACCCAAACGAAGAGCUCCAAAAGCCAAUCGAAUAGGAUCCUCAAAUGCUUCAAUACCUCUAGCACAACGACCGAGUAUCGUAAAUCAUUCCCUGGACGUGCUCCAUGGCAUUUCUCCCCUCGCCAAUCCCCCCGCCUCUCUUCACGAAGCGACGAUAAUACAGCCGCACACUCCGUCACGCAAUCAGAAUGAAUCCUUAAAUCAAUCGAGAGCCAUUAAAUUACAUGGCAGACCUGGAGAACUCGCUUGUGCGAUGCUGAAAGUAGCGUACGAAAAGAUUGAUCUGAAGAGAAGAGCCCCAAUGGACUUUGAGCUCGUCGACCUGAACGGCUUGAUAGAUGAGCAAAUGCAAGCUAGAUUAGAACCUGGCUUCUCUCAACUGAAGACUUAUCAUCCUUAUCUCGACCCCCUCGCCGAUAUUUUUUCAUCGUAUACCAACGAGCCCAGUAUUGCCAUUGCCCUUCUCCUUUCGACGGUGUUGUAUCUUGCCAGUCUUUCUUUACCAUCGGACGAAGCUGUACAAACACUUCGAACUACUCUCACUCCCAUGAUAUCGUCAAUGCGUGAUCGAGUGAUACUUCAGGUCACGCGGUCUUUCGUUACUCUUCAAGCUCUCGAAGUCCUUGCUGUUCAUAUGCCUCUGGGGGUACUUCCAUUGGAACUCUCAAGUCUGAAAGACUUGGCUGUUGCUAGAGGAAUCACUGUGGCCGCCAAACAUCUCAUGACGACAUUGGAAUUCGAUAUUCUCGUCGACUCAGUCAUGGCUGGACCUGGAAUUGCGUUUGCUUUUGAGUGCUCGGAUCUCUGGCUUUGGUUGAGUCUGAUCGCCGAUCAAGCUGCAGUCACAUUUGAAGAUUUCGUACCAGUCAAACCUGAUCUUUUGCAAAAAGCCCGUCAAUUCUCCGAUACGUUUUGCAAUUAUCAAGAUGGAAUGAACUAUUGGCAAGCGGGGAUUCGAGGAGGUGAUUAUGCCAUUCUUGUGGGCAAAUUGUCAGUGUGUGAUAAAUUAGCGAGAUUAGAAGAAGUGUUGGAUACGUGUGCAAGACUCAGAGGUGCUAUAGAGAUCAGCGCAAAUAACCCAAAUUUCGAUCCGGUGAAAGAGAUCCUUAAUGAAUUCGAGAAUCAUGAGAAAAGAAUGGAAGAAAUUGAUAGAAGGCAUGAUACCAUCAUUCACUUGUUGGCUGAAUUCACAAGAGGAGUCGAGACUGGCUGGCUAUCGUACCGAUCUAUCCGUCGACGAUAUGAAACUGGAAAAGUACAUGUAACAGGUCUCCGACUACUCAUGGCGACUCAUUAUCUACCAGGAUGUCCUUAUGCUUAUGCUGAUCUACCUCCUGGUUUCACACCUGCACAAGCUGUUUCAUAUGCUACUCAACGCGCUUUCGUUCCUGGCGAUAUCAUCCGAUUCAUAACCGAUACUGCUACACCCAAACCUGCUGUUGAAGCUGUAUGGGAAUGGGGACGACGAAGAGGCAUCAACACUGAAGCAUGUCUCGUAGCCUGUGGUGAAUUCGGACAAAACCUAGUCAACGAUCUGAACAAUCACGUGUACGCCACUGUCGUACCUAUACAUGAUGUAGUUUGCAUCGCCACCGAAGCUGCAAAAGUAUUGAUCGAAAUGGAAGCUGGAACUAUCCAAAUAUUACGAUCGACAAAUCAAAUUCAAAAAGCUUUCAGACAAAGAUCUUGGUUAAUAAUAAUGAAUCAAGUUUCUCAAACAUUCAGAAGUCUCAGUUCAUUAGCUCCUCAAGAUGCCGUUGGCGCUGGAGGUGAUUCAGUAUUUCAUGGAUGUAGUAACUUGAUUGGAUCAAUGGUCAGAUCAGCUGAAGAAUGGAUCAAAUUAUUAGAAAAGGAAGUUCCAGAAGAAAUGAGAGAUGAAACAGAACGUAACGUACCUUCAUAUAUAGCAACGGAUGAAAAUGGCUACCAUUCUCAAACACCACAUCAUGAUUCAAUGAGACAAGGUGGUGUCACAACUCAUCAACAAUAUAUGGAUACAUCAGAUCGAUGGAUGGCUUCUUCUUCCCAAGGUCCACAACCGAAUCAGCAACAACAGCAGCAACAACAGCAGCAACAACAACAACAACCAUCUCAGAAUGAUCCAAAUGGUACACAUCAACCGCAACAGGUAUUCCACUCAUAUCCCGGUAAUCAAACUCAAGGUCAGACCCAAUCGGGACCAUUCCCAAGGCCAAAUCCGGAAUUAGAUCGAUUACUAUCUGAGCUGUUUUGCUAUAACCUACCCUCUCAACAAGGACAUCAAAGACUUCAAGUCCAAGCACCUCCUCCACCUAUAUCUCACUCGCAACCUCAUCAACCCCUUCAAGAAAGCUGGCCACAGGAUAUGAGAUCCUAA